AUGAGAAUGAUCCUCUAUGGUCAUAAGGCGAUCGGUAAGAGUACAAGGAAGUGGGCUGAAGGAUAAAGGAUGGAUUAUCUCUAGGGGAAGGUAGAGGUUGAGCCUUUUGAACGACUGAAUUUUGAGUAGAGGCUGGAACUGGGGAGUAAACAAGUUGAAUGGGACCUCUCAGCUCAUCUGGGCAACAGAGGCCACAAAGUGACGUUCCACGCGGAGAGGAUGAGAAGUAGAAGAAAUAGAGUUGUAGGAAAAUUGCCCCCAUCCAUUGAACUGUUACUACGACUAAAAGUGUUGGAAGAUAAUACCAAGCAGCCGUGA